CAUCGAUAAGUACGUAAGUACUCACUCAGCGAUAGCCGAUCGACCCGGACGCUUCACACAACGAACAACAUGGUGCUAUGUAGUGUAAUUCGCGUGGCCAGUAGAAUGACCAGGAGCACCAUGAGCCAUUGCUGCCGCAGAGCGCUAUACAGUUCAGAUGCUAAAAGUCGGUACUACACGAAGAAGCACGAAUGGGUAUCCGUGGACUCAGGCGUAGGAACUGUUGGAAUCUCAAGCUACGCUCAGGAUGCCCUAGGUGAGGUAGUAUUUGCCCAACUGCCGGAUGUCGGGAAGACCGUAGCGGCGGGAGACGAGUGCGGCGCGCUGGAGAGUGUGAAAGCGGCCAGCGAGGUGUACACACCUGUGUCGGGCAGUAUAACGGAGAAAAACGAUGCAGUGGAGUCAACACCGUCAAUCAUCAACAAGUCGUGUUACGAGGAAGGCUGGCUGUUCAAGGUCAAACUGUCCAGCCCAGAGGAGCUACAGAAGCUGAUGAACCAAGAAGCAUACGACAAAUACUUAGAGGAGGCCGAACAUUAAUGCUAGAAGAUAGAGCAAUGGCAUGUCUUAGGGCUCCCACACAAAACUGCGAAAUCGCAUCGCAUCGUAAUGUCAU